AUUGGGAGAGCCGGCCUUGGCCUCAGGGGCGGGGCCCCGGGUCGUUACGUCUCGCCGCCCGAGACGCCUUCCCAGCCUUCCGUAAGACUCGUCGCGGAAAAUGGUCGUAGGCUCUUGUCGCUCCAUCGAGUCUCAGAAGGAGCUACGUCAGAAUCUCUGUCCCCGAAAGGCGCCAUAUCACCUAUGGGCAGUGUUGCCUCGCACCGCCCCCUCCUUCGCCCGGCCGCCACCAGCUCCUGCGCGUGCGCCACGCUCGGACCCGGGGUUCCCAAGGCAACGAGGAGCGGAAGUGCCCUGCUGACCCCGAGGGCGGCGCGAGUUGACGCUCGCUGAGACGUCGGGUCCUGGUAGUGAAGUAAGGGGAAGCGGAGUUGGGACCGAUAGGAAGGUUGGAGGGGCCUUGGAUAGAGAGCUCGCGUCUCUAGGGGUUUGAGUGGCAGGGCCUUUGGGAUGAGUGUCGGGGGGCCAGGCUGCGGGGUCAAUGAGUGAUUGGUUCAUUGACUGAUUCAUUCUGAGAAUGUUUACUGAGUUUACUGAGUAAAAUGCCAAGCACCGUUGUGCUUUUUCACAUUAAUCUUCGCAAUAGCACUAUGAGUAGGUGCUACGAUUCUUUUCAUUUUACAGAGAGAAAGCAAGAACAGAAAGGCUCGGAAACCUGACCAGAGUCACACUGUAAACCAGAGGGAUCCUUUUUCCUUUUCCUGGAAUAGCAUUUAUGCCUUUCCACCUAAUAAAACCUAAAUUUAUUAACUUUGUUGCUUACUGUCUCUCCCCUGCGGGAAUAUAGCUCCGCAAGAUGGGGGAAUUAUGAUGUUUUGUUCACAUAGAACAAAGCAGGCAUAUAGUAGGCACUCACCUCUUUUAUUAAAUAAAUAAAAGCGGCAGAGCAGGCAGUCAGUUUUUUUCCAGAGCCCAGACUCUUAGGAAGUAAGGCAGUGCUUAGCUCCUUAUCUGGCAGUAAUUGAGUUACUAAAUGUCAAUUCUUAGGACGAGAGUGAAGCACUGUGCCUUCUAGUGUCGAGGAAAACAUUUGGGUUUUCUUCAACUCUGCUCCAUCAUAUGGAGAUGCAACUCUGCUUGCAUCUCCUGUGUGGUCAUUGCCUUUCCAGGGUUAGGGUUCAAAACUGAGACCACUGCUCACCAGCCACCAGACCAGCUUAUCUGCCAUGGGCUUCCUUAGUUAGUCUACAGAAGACCCGGUCUGAGGCCUCAGAAGGAGGUGAGUUCCUCUGGUCAGAGGCAGGGACAUGGUGCUGAAGUGAUGGCCCCAGCAAAGGUACUAUGUCUUUGGAUCCUUUAGUCCUGCCUCCUUAGAAAUAAGACAGCAACUCUGAGGGGAAUUGGUAGUGAAGCACCAGCUUCUGGCGCUCUGGAAUGAGAGUCCAAACCCCAGGGAAGAUGCAGGAGGGUCACAUGAUCUGGUUGGAGGGAAGGGGCUCACAGGAUAGCAGGUCCUAGAAGAACGGGACCUACAGUGCCCUCUGUCCCUUUCUCCCGCUGAGAGAGAGCCAGGCUGACACAGUGACUCAACUUCCAGCCACCAUUAAGAGCUGUGUGAUGGUGGUCAGUUGAACCCCUAUUGGAGGAAAGAGUUGAAAGUUUCAGACCGAUGGAGGGAGGCUGCCCUGCUGUAGUGCCUACAAGGGCAUGAUGAGGCUGGGAAGAUUGACUACAUGCCUGACAGGACUUUCUGCACUCCUGACACGUUUGUGCACACAUCCUGUGCUUCUCUCUUUUGCCAUGGGCUAUUUUUGGCUUGAGUCAGUCCCAUAGUAUGAACAUCCCACUUGUCUGUAGCAGAAAUUUUGAAUCUCCUCUCCCCUGAUUAAAUGGCCAAAGAGGUGUUUUUGGUGUGCGUGUGUCUGUGAAUUUCAGAGUAGUCUCUAGGUAAGGUAUCACCUAGGUCUGCUGCCUCAUUGUGAUGCUACUGUAACUGGGUCUGAGGACAUGACUCGUUAAGCUCCGUAGUGCUAAACCCUGGUGUCCUGAUACUAAGGCCAGGAUUCCUACGGUAGCAGCGGUUACUCUGCACAAAAGCUCCUUGCUGAAACUUGAUUUUGAAAACUGCCAAACAAGGAAGAAUGUGGCAAUCAAAUGAACAGGAUGGGGAAUAAGGAAGUAUCGGCAGGGAGGGUGGUGAGAGGCCAGAGAAGGGCAGAGGAGCAGGGAUCCAAGGUCAGUGGUUUCCAGCUCCAUGUAGAACUUAUCAGUGCUGGGCUCUUAACCUCCCUUCACCACCCCCUCCCUUCCACCCCGUGCUCACCCCUGGUUUGUCUCCUUCCUUCAAACCACAGCAAGACGUCCCCCUCCAGACUUUGCUCAGGGUCUAUCACCUCUAGGACUCAGUAUGAUAACAGAUGACUUGUAAUAAUGUCUCCCUUUUAUUUUACUAGUCAUUAAUAUUUACUGUCAAAAAUGAGAAAAUGCAAGUAAACAAAAGAGGAAAGGUGAAGUCACCACUCAAAGAUCUCCAUCCUUUGUCCGGGCAGAACCAAAUGGCCCUGUCCCAGGAAACAUUGACCUUCAGGGACGUGUUUGUGGACUUCACCCUGGAGGAGUGGCAGCUACUGGAUGCCGCUCAGAAGAACCUCUACAGGGAUGUCACGCUGGAGAACUAUGGCCACCUGCUCUCUGUGGGAUACCUCAUGGCCCAACCAGGCGCAAUCUUCAGGAUGGGACAAGUUGAAGAGGAGGCCGGGAUGGCAGAUGGACAAACCCCAACGUGGAGCUGUCCAGUCUGGCAAGUUGAUGACCAGAUAGAUAACCACAAGGAAAGGCAAGACAAACCUCUGUGGCAAGCUGCAUCCAUAGAUAAGGAAACACCAAAGGAUGGAAGUGGGCAAGAAUUCAGAACAUGCAGAAAGAUCAUUCCAAGCACAGACUUUAUAAGACAAACACCCCCUAAAUAUUACUCAUGGGGAAAGUGUUCAAAACAUAAUUUAAACUUUCCUAGUCAAAAUAGAAGCUAUGUAAGAAAGAAAAGUGAUGAAGAUAAGGCAGAUUGGAAAUUAUGCUUCCAUUCUAAUCUUGAUAAAGUUCAACCUGGGGAGAAAUUCUUUGAGCCUAAUCAACAUGGAAAAGCCCUCCACCAUAGGCAAGCCCUCAAUAAAAGUCCAAGAACUCAAACUGGGGAGAAACUCUUUAAGUGUUCUGAAUGUGGAAAGGUGUUUAUCCAGAAAGCAAACCUUGUCAUACAUCAGAGGACUCACACUGGAGAGAAACCUUAUGAAUGCUGUGAAUGUGCAAAAACCUUCAGCCAGAAGUCAACCCUCAUUGCACACCAGAGAACUCAUACAGGGGAGAAGCCCUAUGAAUGCAGUGAAUGUGGGAAAACCUUUAUCCAGAAGUCAACACUGAUUAAACAUCAGCGAACUCACACAGGAGAGAAACCAUUUGUAUGUGGUGAAUGUGCAAAAGCUUUUAAGAGUUCCUAUCACCUCAUUAGACAUGAAAAAACACACAUUAGACAAGCAUUUUAUGAAAGUAUCAAAUGUGGUAAGUCCAGCCUUGAACAUCAGAGGACUCAUACGGGUGGGAAACCUGAGUGCAGUGAACAUGGGAAAGCCUUUGAUGAGAAACCCACAUCCGUUAAACAUCGGAGAACUCAUACAAAAGAGAAACCUUAUAAGUGCAGUAAAUGUGGAAGAGGCUUCCGGGGAAAAUCACACCUUUCUGUUCAUCAGAGAAUUCAUACGGGUGAGAAACCCUAUGAAUGCAGCAUAUGUGGGAAGACUUUCAGUGGGAAAUCACACCUCUCUGUCCAUCACAGAACUCAUACAGGGGAGAAACCUUAUGAAUGCAGAAGAUGUGGGAAAGCCUUUGGUGAGAAGUCAACCCUUAUUGUACAUCAGAGAACUCAUACGGGAGAAAAGCCCUAUAAAUGCGAUGAAUGCGGGAAAGCCUUCAGUGAGAAGUCACCACUGAUUAAACAUCAGAGAAUUCAUACCGGAGAGAGACCCUAUGAAUGCAGUGACUGUAGGAAGGCAUUCAGUAGGAAGUCAACUCUCAUUAAACAUCAGAGAAUUCAUACAGGAGAAAAACCCUAUGAGUGUAGUGAAUGUGGGAAAGCCUUCAGUGUGAAAUCAACUCUCAUUGUUCAUCACAGAACGCAUACAGGAGAGAAACCUUAUGAAUGCAGAGAAUGUGGCAAAGCCUUCAGUGGGAAGUCAACUCUCAUUAAACAUCAGAAAAGUCAUACAGGAGAGAAAACCUACUCAUAUACUUUAGAGUGAGAUAAUUUCAUUAGUUAUACCAUAUAUAUGUGUGUGUGUAUAUAUGUGUGUGUGUGUGUGUGUAUAUAUAUAUAUAUAUAUAAUCCAUCCUGGGGAGUAACCUUAUAAAUAUCAAGAAUGUCAAAAACUCUUCAUAUACUAUUUAAUGUUCAUUUAAUUAAUAAAAGGAACAAAAAUAUAA